GGAAGAACAGGAUGGGCAGGUACAGAGGUGGGGGUAGACAGGUAAAGGUGAGCCUCUCCGUCGCGCCUACAACUCAGGGAAGCAUACCGACGUGUUGUUGACUCCUUUGUUUCUCCAUUUUGAGCCGACUGUAUCCAAAAAAUGGUGAAGGAAGAGCAGCAGGAGUUAGCCAACCGGCCGGACAACACCGCCUUCACUCAGCAGAGGCUUCCGGCAUGGCAGCCCAUCCUCUCCGCUGGCAUUGUCAUCCCAGGGUUUGUCCUCAUCGGCCUGGCAUUCAUCGGCAUUGGCGUCGCUCUCUUUGUCACUUCGCGGAGCAUCCAGGUGUUGGAGUUGGACUACACGGGGGUUGAACAAGACUCCCCGUGCUUCAAGUGCUCUGACCCCGAUGUGAAGAACUGCAAAUGCGAGCUGAGCUUCUCCAUUAACAGUCUAUUUCAGGGACCCGUGUUCUUUUAUUAUGGUUUGUCCAACUACUUCCAGAACUACAGAAAGUACGGUGUGUCCAAAGAUGAUAACCAGCUCUCUGGAGACCUGGAUAACUUCAAGACUCCUGAUGACAGCUGUGCACCUUAUGAGUACAGCAAUGACAAGCCAAUUGUGCCAUGUGGAUCGGUAGCAAACAGCAUGUUCAAUGACUCCUUCCAGCUGUUUCAGAUCGUCAAAGGGAAACAGAAGUUGGUGCCCUUCGAUGGAAAAGGGAUCGCUUGGUGGACGGACUACAACGUCAAAUACAGAAACCCCAGUGUCAGCCCUCUGAAGAAUGCAUUCAAUGGAACCGUGAAACCAGUAUUUUGGCCCAAGCCUGCUUACGAGUUGGACACCUCAGACCCGGCUAACAACGGCUUCAUCAAUCAAGAUUUCCUGGUGUGGAUGAGGAGGGCGGCCCUGCCAGAUUUCAGAAAGCUGUAUCGAAGAAUCACAGAGGGCGAUUAUGCUGAAGGUUUGCCGGUUGGAAACUACACCCUCAAAAUAGCCUACAACUACCCUGUUCUGAGCUUUGACGGGAGAAAGAAGGUGGUGUUCAGCAACGUGUCCUGGAUGGGCGGCAAGAACGAGUUCCUGGGCAUCGCCUACCUGGUGAUCGGCUCCAUGUGUGUCGUCAUGUCCAUAGUUAUGCUCAUCGUCUACGCUAAGUUCAAGUUCCCUGAGGAAGACUGAGUGCCCAGACUGUUAUUGACUGGAGGUUUUUAUACUCUAGCAACAUUUUUUUUCUUUUUUCUUCAAUGGGAUGAUGAAAGCACAUCACAGCGCUCACACGAAGGAGAAUACAGAAGUAGACUCCACCUAUGAACAUGAGCUAUUCUGGACAUGAAGACGUGUCCUAAAGAGUAAAAGAAGCUUGGUGUCUCAGCACUGGAGUUCCCCCAUGACUGCAAAAUGGGAUGAUUUUUAAUAUAGGUUCUUGUCUGUAAGCACAUCUAUGAAGUUGAUAGCUGUUGUGAGUGCGAAAAUACUGCAAAAUCAGUUUUUUUUAUUGUUACAAAAUGAGCUGGCUCGUCAUUGUAGGUCAGUAAUAAUAAAGCCAUAAACUAUUUGAUAAGCCAUAUGUUACUGAACAAGAAUUAUACUUGAUGUGUCGCUUAGCUUGGAAAUAAUGCUGUUAAAUGUGGGAAUAUUAACUCAGGGAUCUGGUGUACAGUGCAAGCUCAUGUUUUAACUCAUUCUUUGGUUUCAGAGAUUUUACUUCUUGUUGAUAUUUAUUUAAUAAAACAACAUCAA